AUGUUCCUGCUGGCCCGUCUCUCUCUGAGUGUCGUGCCGACGCGCCGCCUGCUCCCGGCCUGCCGUGCACUGCGCACGACUGCGACACUCAAGGCUGACCUCCCCGACAGCGAGGACGGAUGGCGGACGGUGCUUUCGCCCAACCAGUUUGCGGUGCUACGCGGCUCUGCGACGGAGCCGCCAGGGUUCAGCGAGCAGUAUAAGACCAAGUACCCGUCCGAGGGCGCGUAUGCGUGCGUCGGCUGUGGCGCACCGCUGUACUACGCGCGGCAGAAGUUCAACAGCGGGUGCGGCUGGCCCGCCUUCUACGACGGCGUGCCCGGCGCUAUCGAGGAGCGGCCGGACGCAGACGGCUCACGCGUGGAGAUCGUGUGCGCCACGUGCGAAGGCCACCUCGGCCACGUCUUUAAGGGAGAGGGCUUCCCCACGCCGACGGACGAGCGGCACUGCGUCAACGGCAUCUGCCUGAGGUACGAGCCGACGGCGGAGCAGCCGGCCGAGGUGCAGGCGAUCCCUGCCCUGACACCAAGGCAGAUCCCGGACUGA